CAUUAUCUUCACUAACAGAAACGUAACCCCUCUCUCUCUCUCUCUCUCUCUGCAAGCAAGCAGCGCAACCAAACAAAGCCAUGGCUGCCUGUGAUAGCUUUCAACACAUAUUCGAGAAACCAUUACCAGAGAAUCCGACGCUAAUCGAGGCUUUAACGCAAUGGAAUCGCCACCAGAUGAUGAAAGCUAGAAAACCUAUCGACCUCUCCUCCUUUAGUGAGAUCUUCGGUGAACUUCACUUUCACGAGAAGAACAACCCCACUGAUCCUCCUCCUUCUUUAUCUCCUCAAUCUCCCUUUUCCUUACACUCCCUCCUGAUUGAAGAUAAAGAUGCCAAUGCCGAUGACAAGGAGAAGGACAAUCCAUCAUCAUCCUCGACUUGGUCUUCUUCUUCAUCGUCCUCCUUAGACGCCGUGGUCCAUCACAACCAAUUCGAAGGUUUCUCCAUCAAGAAUUCGGAAAGCCUGCAACUCUGCACCGAAGGUCUCGGAUCUGAGAGCGCUGACGCAGUCGAGGACUCUAUUCCCAAUAUCGCCAUCAAAGAAGGGUUCGAUUUCGAUGUUAGCAAUACUUACGAAGAAGAAGAGGAGGAAGAUGAAGAGACAGAGAAGUCGAGUCUCACGAGGAACAGC